AGAGAAGCAUAAAUCCAAGCAAGAACAAUAAGAAGACCGGUACAGCCAUGCAGGUGACUGCACGGGUGCAUGCGGAUGCAGAGCGUGUCGAUGACAGUCGAGGCUCCUGAGGCCUUCUACGCAUGUAUACGUCGUAACUCAGUAGAUUUUACGCAGCAAAAUGCCUACCCUCAAUAUUAUCACGAAUGUUGCGGGUGAUCGCGUCACCACCUCAGAUGUGCUGAAGGCGCUCAGCAAGGCGGUGGCCAGCUCCGUGGGCAAGCCCGAGCAGUGGGUGAUGGCUUCGGUGACGACUGACAAGCCCAUGAUCUACGGCGGGACAGAGGAGCCCUGCGCGUUUGGCUACCUUAUGAGCAUAGGGUCCAUUGGAGGGGACAAGAACAAGAAGAUCUCUGCGGCCAUCUGCGAGGUGCUCACAGCCAAGCUGGGCGUGCCCGCCAACCGCGUCUACAUCCAGUUCUCGGACGCGAAGGCCUCGGAUGUGGGCUGGGACGGCUCCACCUUUGCUUAACGUGCGGGAGCAGUGCUAGCGCGUUUGAGUGCAGGGCUGAGCGCGGCGCCAGGCGCCGGGCGGACUGCACGCGUGGACUGGCGGGCUGGCGGGCAGAGCGGACAGAGCGGCUCGGCGUUGGGGUUGAAGCGGCGCGUUUCAAAGGGCUUGACAGGCCCCAAGUGAGCUCAGGGCUGUCACACAAACAGUGGCACACAUGCAUACACAUUGUGUCGUGGGGAGGUUCCGCACGGCUGCUGGGGUUGCGAAGGGCAAACAAAGAUUGAGCAAGACCGAUGACGCCGAUCGUGAGCAGACAUACAUGCUGUCUAUGACUGUUGAUACAUACGUUGCUUACGGGUGGUGUCAUACGCGGAGCGAAGGUGGCACUGCUGUGCGUGGAGGGAGGGCGUGGAGGGGGAGAUGCAUGAGGAGUUUGAAGUCAUCUAGGGUGCCUGGUGCACCUGGGUGCACUGGGUCCAGUGAGCGGCGUCAACACUCAACACGCGCAUGCAAUCA